CCAUGUAUAACAAUGCUGCAUUUAUGAACAAUGCUGAGAGACUUUGCCUUGCUUGAAUAAACUGAGUUUUAAACCUGGACAUGUUAUGGAGUCGGACUGUGGGUUAACGUGUUAUCUCUCGACGCCCACACGUUAGCCCACAGUCCGAUAUAUUAAAUAUCUGUGCUCGGAGCACACUCAACCGCUACAGCUACUACCAGCAGCGUGUAAUCGCAGAUCAGGAACUUUAACCCAGCAUGGAAUACCCGAAGCCAACAAGCAAUGAACCACAGCUUCACGUAAAAAAACGCUUCUGGAUUGUUGCUUUCGGAUACAAACCCAGCGUCCCAAACAUGAAAAAAUGAAACUUGCUUAAGAUUAAGUUGAUAAUGAUCGGGGUUGGUUAUACUAAAGCUUCGAUUGUAGAUUACGUAAGCUAUGCUAUAACCGGUCUCCUACUAUGCCGCGUAUUUACAAUAAAGAAGAUAUAAAGGACAACCCGCACGAACGUCAUUGGACCGUUUUACAGUCAGGCUUUUGUUACAAAUUUAACAGGAACCAUGUAUAGUUGGGUCGUUAUUGUUAGGCUGUGUGUUCAACUGUGACAUUUAUAAGGUGAUCAUGGAUGAAAUAAGCUGUAAAAGUGAUGAGAAGAAACCAGUUAUAAAACGCCCGUGUGGAGGGGGAUCUGAAAGUACUACCCGUAUUACUAUAAGAAACUCAAUCUUAAAAGACUCUGCGGUGUGCUCACAAGGUGUAACUAUAGGAUCACACGAAACAAUGCCAAGCUCCAAACGAAGCAAAAAAACACCAAAGUCAUUCACUAACAUAGAGAAGCCCACCAAUGAAUUUAUUCAAACUGAAACAUACAAGAAACUUGAAGCUGCUUCGAGCAAGGAGAGCAUUAUGCUGCUUCAUGUCCAUGGCUACCCAGGCACGGGAAAAAGUGAAGCUGUACGAGUUCUUGCACAAAAGUUUCCAGGCAAAAAUGUAAAGGGUAAUGUUGUAUUCAAAUAUCAUAUAGAGUGUUCAAAUAAGGACACCAUUAAAAAACAAUUUAAAGAAAUAAUUGAGGCAAUGAAAAAGCACUCCUACUUUGAGGAUACAGGGCUCUGUACAGUUGCUGAGAAGGAAUUGGAAAAAAACAAAUCUCAGGCUUUUGUUGGCCUGAUAACUGACCUUGGUGUUGCUGUUGAUAUCCUGAUUAUCAUUGAAGAUCCACCAUCAGAGGAGUUCAAGCUGUUGGGGGAUUUUAUGAGGGCUGUCAACAGUUUGGAUAAACGGUCAACGUUAUUUCAUGUUUACAUAACAUCCAGGAAAAAUGCGGUUGGCUUGAGCCACAUUGAACUGAAUAUAUUAAAGCAGAAUGUAUAUCACUCGUAUCAACUAGAUGGGUUUACUAAAGCAGAAGGAAAGUUGUUUCUUGAACAAUAUGUAACAGACACUUGCGAGGAAGAACAGGAGGCUAUGGGACAAUUAGUUCAAAUAGUCAGUGGGUCUCCCCUUGGUCUACUAUCAAUAAGGGCUCAUUGUAGUACAAGCAGACUUACCUACCAAGAACAUUUAGAACGCGUUAACCACUCUAUGACACAAACAAUUGCUUUCGAUGGAGAGACAAGGCAUUUGAAGGAAGAGUAUGGUCCUCAUGUCAGUCAUCUUUUUGAAUCUGUUAUAACUCUUCUGCGGCCUUCAUCUGAUAAAGAUGUGAUUCGCGCAAAUAUCUGGAAGACUAUAAAAGUUUUGUGUUUUUUUCACCACAAUUCUAUCCCUAAGUACGUGAUAGGAAGAAUAGCAGGGAUUAAGAGAGAGACAGAACUGGAGCCCAGAAGUUCUUUCAUUGAAAAUAAAGCAGAUUCUGGUGAAGUAAUGACUGUAUUGGAAGAUUAUGGAAUAUGCAGGAUUGGCAACCAUGGGGAUUAUACAACAUCUACAAUACAUUUCCACGAGGUAAUCUUUAGAGUCGUAAUAACGGCGUUAAAGAUUGACAACAAUGAAGAAUACAAAGGGAAUUUAAGACAAGCCAUCUUUGUUUUAUCCGGGGUGGUUAACAAAGACAUGAGAAAGUCAGAGGAUAAUAUUAGAAUGAACAAACUUUCUCUUCACAUAGAUGCAGUUUUAGGUCACUCUGAAACACAAUAUUCCUUGGAAGAUUUAGUUUCUGUAGUUACACAGGACUUCCCCAUGUGGAUGUGUCUUUGUCACUUAAUGGAAGUCAUUGGUAUUAUCAAAAGUCUGGGGGUUUUGUCCCUAAAAAAAGAAGCAGAACAAUCUUUAAAAAGUGCAACAAAAAUCGUUUUAAAAAUUAUUUCUGCAUUGACAUCAACUGAUAUUGAUUCGGAUGUUUUACAAUAUUCUGCUGAUGCUUACCCAGAUGAAGUUGCUACAAAACUUGUGUCUAAAACAGUGGAAGCUGGGUGUUUACUUAGCUCACGAUUUCGAAAAGAUUUAUUGGAUGAGUUUAUGGCAUUGGUGCUGCAGAUGAAACAAUCUGAGCUUGAGUUUCUUCGCAAGAAUUCUAGUGAAGGAUCAGUGAUUACAAAAGUUAUGGAGGUUUACAAGAAUCAUCUACAAAUAGAUUUGGUCUUAAUGGCAAAGUUGCGCAAUACUGAAAGCUUUCUUGAUGUGGAAACUCACUGUAAAGUGUUUUUUGCAGAACGCCUUGCUUCAAUACUCCAUACAUGGGGAAGGGUUAUCUUGUAUUAUAAUGACACCAUUGGUGUUGAACUCAGGAAGAAACACGAAUGGUAUUCCAGGUUGGCAAACUGUAUAGCAAAGGAAUGCUUUAAACUGACUGGUGUAAAGUUACUGUUUGAGCAUCUUUCAUCUGUUAGCAUCGCUCCAAUUAUGCUCAAAGGCCUGGGGGGUUUCGCAGACGAAGAGAGAAAAAAUGUGUUGGUCAAAGUUAGAAGUAUCCUGCAAGAGCUGUUAGCAGAUGAAGAAUCUUGUAUGGUGAAACAGCAGUGGUGUUAUGAACAUGGCCACAUCAAGGAAACAACAGGCACAGUAUAUAACAAGAUGAUACUUCUGCGGUUUUUAGUGAGAGUCAACUGCAAGUUAACAGCUUUGAAAACUUUUGAUGGUGGGUUUCGGUUUGCUUCAGAUGCCGACAAGGCUGCUACUGAUUUGAGUAAGAUCUCACUUGAAAACAAAACUUGGAUCAUGGCCCCAAAGUGUUUGGUGUACUGUGGCAAGUAUAUGGCAUCGAAGGGUGACUUUGUUGCAGCUGUGAAGUUGUUUUCCCAGGCUCUUGAUAUAGGAAUUGACCAGUCAAACAACUUAUACGCAUGGGCAUGUUACAACUAUGCAAGAGCUGUAGUAGCUGGCAGAGUUACCGAACACUUUAGUGCAGCAUUAUCAAAAUGUAGUGAUGUGGUAGAGAAACAAGAUGACACAGACUCUGAGCUGAUUGAAAAAAUUCGACCACAGCUUCGAAUAUUAAAAGAUAAUAUUGAUUAAUACGGAUUGUUAUAUUUAUGCUAAAAAUUUCGUUAAAAGUAAGUUUGCAACAAAAGUCCAAAUUACAGUUGUACUUGUUUUACUAAACAUGUAAAUAUGCACUUACUUAUUUUGACGAUUCUCACCUUAGUUAUGUUGCAACCUUGUUACAAGAUAUCAUGUUACAUAUUAGUACAAUCAAACAUUUACCCAUUGCCUAGUAGCAACUAUUCUCACUCUUGGAUGCUUUCCACAUACUUCUGUAAAUAUUUCAGUGAUUUUUUUGCACCUAAUGAAGAAUGUUUUAUGGUAUUUUAACUGAUCUUUCAGCAUCAAUAUCUAUUUAGAAAACAUUGUAAAAAACAAGCAUUACAAUAUAGCAUUUGGAUUAAUUUUGUUUUUAAUAUUUUGUUCCCCCAAAAAGCUACAAACACACAACUACAUUCUCUGCACAACUCAACGACAUUUUAAUACUUGGCCAUAACAUUGUCAAGCAACCUUUGCCCAAGUUUCCUGAAUAUAUAAGUAUGAUGUUAAACAAGUUGAUACGUUUAAUUCCUAACUUCUCCAAUGACUUGUUGCAACUAUACAUCGCAAGUCCCUUGGUAUGCCAUGCUAUAAAACCAUACACAUUACAAGUGAUGGGAAUCAAUUAAAGAACGAUCAGCAGCAGAAUAUUCUGGGAUUGGAAACAACGAAUUGUGGGGGGUUACACGUUGCAACCACCACGUGAACAUAAUUUGCUUUGAAUCGCCACACUGUUAGAUGCAUGAUUUUAUUUCAUUUCAAACUUGCUGUAACUCUUGGUUUAGGUAAAACUGACAACGCAGAAACAGCACAAAUUAUAAACAAUUAAGGCAAAAAGAAAAAGUAAAAUAAAAGUUGUUUAAGCCAUUGUAUCCCCCAUGUUUGGUACCAACUCCACUUUAUCUGACGAGCCGACCUUGUAAGUUGGAUUGUUAUAGCCUGCCCUCAUACUCGCAAGGCCUGUAUCAUCACUAGAGGUCGUACCAGAGUAAUCCUGCGAUUGAGGUUUGGGAUAAAUUACAGAGGGUUCGACAGCAACCACAAAUAAUUUGACACUUUUACUCAAGUAGUUUUUACCCAUAGCGCGUUUUUAUUGAUUGUCAUUUUGCCGCUAAUUAUCUUCUCUGUUUUAAAUAAUUUGAUUUUCGCUAUCGUA